AUGACGGACUCGAAAUACUUUACAACAACUAAGAAAGGGGAGAUUUUUGAAUUGAAGAAUGAAUUAAAUUCUGACAAGAAGGAAAAGAAACGGGAAGCAGUAAAAAAAGUCAUUGCAAGCAUGACAGUUGGGAAGGAUGUCAGUGCUCUCUUUCCUGAUGUUGUUAAUUGUAUGCAAACCGAUAAUGUGGAGUUAAAGAAACUGGUUUACCUGUAUUUAAUGAAUUAUGCCAAAAGCCAGCCCGAUCUUGCGAUUAUGGCAGUGAACACGUUUGUCAAAGAUUGUGAAGACCCAAAUCCACUGAUUCGUGCUCUCGCCGUUCGGACCAUGGGGUGUAUUCGAGUAGAUAAGAUAACGGAAUAUCUUUGUGAACCGCUCAGGAAGUGUAUGAAAGAUGAGGACCCAUAUGUACGGAAAACCGCAGCUGUAUGUGUGGCCAAACUACAUGACAUCAAUGCGUCUUUGGUGGAAGAGCAAGGCUUUGUUGAGCUGCUUAAUGAUCUUUUGAGUGAUUCAAACCCUAUGGUUGUGGCGAACGCCGUUGCUGCCCUCACAGAAAUCAACGAAACGAGGCCACUUAUUGAAAUGAAUUCUCAAACUAUUAAUAAGUUACUGACUGCUCUUAAUGAGUGUACAGAAUGGGGACAAGUUUUUAUUCUUGAUGCUUUAUCGUUAUACAAACCUAAGGAUGAACGAGAAGCUCAGAAUAUUUGUGAACGUAUCAGUCCACGAUUGGCUCACGCCAAUGCCGCCGUAGUGUUGUCAACAGUGAAAGUGUUAAUGAAACUUGUGGAUUUGCUUCCUGAUAAUUCUGAGUUCAUAGGUCAGCUCACUAAGAAACUGGCACCUCCAAUGGUUACUCUUCUUUCCGCUGAGCCAGAAAUUCAAUAUGUUGCUCUUCGCAACAUAAACUUGAUAGUGCAAAAGAGGCCGGAGAUUCUCAAGCAGGAAAUGAAAGUAUUUUUUGUGAAGUACAACGAUCCCAUCUAUGUAAAGAUGGAGAAACUUGAUAUAAUGAUUAGGUUGGCGCAGCAGAACAAUAUAUCCCAAGUUCUUAGCGAAUUGAAAGAGUAUGCCACAGAGGUAGAUGUUGACUUUGUUCGCAAGGCGGUGAGAGCGAUUGGACGAUGUGCUAUAAAAGUUGAACAGAGCGCAGAAAGAUGUGUUAGUACGUUACUAGAUCUUAUUCAGACUAAAGUAAAUUAUGUGGUCCAAGAGGCUGUUGUCGUUAUCAAAGAUAUAUUUCGUAAGUACCCUAAUAAAUAUGAAAGCAUUAUCUCCACCUUGUGUGAAAAUUUGGACACAUUGGAUGAACCGGAGGCUCGUGCUUCUAUGAUUUGGAUUAUUGGAGAAUACGCUGAACGAAUCGAUAAUGCGGAUGAACUUCUGGAGUCAUUUGUCGAAGGUUUCCAUGACGAAAAUACUCAGGUCCAACUUCAACUUUUGACUGCUGUCGUUAAACUAUUUUUAAAACGACCCAGUGAUACACAGCAGCUUGUUCAACGAGUGCUUUCAUUGGCCACUCAAGAUAGCGAUAAUCCUGAUCUUCGUGACCGUGGGUACAUUUACUGGAGGUUGUUAAGUGCAGAUCCAGUGGCAGCGAAAGAGGUUGUUUUGGCUGAAAAACCACUCAUUUCUGAAGAAACGGACCUGUUGGAACCAUCUUUACUCGAUCAGCUUGUUUGCCAUAUUGGCUCUCUGGCAUCGGUGUAUCAUAAACCACCUAGUUCUUUCGUUGAUUCUGCCAAACAACCUGUGAAAUCAACAAGCGCAGCAGCGGCAGGGAACGCUAGUGGCGGGUCUGGUGAUACGAUGACAAAAGUUGGUGGGGGCCAUGAAGUUACUGCUACUACAGCUCCGACUGUGAUACCUUCACAGGAUACACUAAUUGCCGAUCUUCUUUCUUUGGAUCUGAGUGUGCCAAGUGCUGCAAUGGGUAUGACUUCUUACCAGCCUGCUCCAAUGUCUUCUGGUCUUGAUGACCUUUUGGGGUUAGGAUCGGAUGGACUUCUUGGGGAUGUUGGGGGAGCAACUUCACCGCCAACGGUACCUCCAGUAAAUAAUACCACUUCCCUCCCUACUAGUACCACUUUUGGUUCUGCUCCACCAUUCGGACCUCCUUCGACAGCACCAAUUACAAUUCCUGCGAACAAUACUGCUCAAGUUACUGGUCUCGAGUCUGGUAUCUUCGGUUUUAAUGAUUCACAAGGAGCAUUCAGUGGUUUGCAGACAGGAUACGUAGCGCCAAAGACGGUUUGGUUAGAUGCUACUCGAGCAAAAGGCACUCAUAUCGAAGGGACGUUCGCUCGUCGUAAUGGGGUAAUUUAUAUGGAUAUGACCUUUACAAAUCGUGCUAUGCAGCCGUUAGCAGGUUUUGCAAUACAAUUCAACAAAAACUCAUUUGGUCUGAUACCAGCAGAACCGUUACAGAUCAGCUCACCUCUCUAUCCAAACCAGCCAGUUCCAGUUUCCUUGGCCUGUAAAACUGAUGGUCCUGUCCAAAAGAUGGAUCCUUUGACUAACCUUCAGGUUGCAAUAAAAAACGAUGUUGGAGUUUUUUAUUUUGCCACUAUUGUACCGUUGCACAUAUAUUUUGUUGAAAAUGGACAAAUGGAUAAAAGAGAAUUCUUACAAUUAUGGAAGGAAAUUCCGGAACAGAAUGAGCUACAAUUUUCUAUCAACAAUAAUAAAAGGCUAAGCGCAGAUGAUAUAUGUUCAAAAUUACAACAAAAUAACGUUUACACUGUUGCACGUCGAAGCGUUGAAGGCCAAGAAUUAAUAUAUCAUUCUAUAAAGUACACUAAUCAAAUUCACGUCCUGUCAGAGUUGAAGAUGCAACAGUCAUCUCAAGUUUUAACUCUGUCUCUGAAGUCACGUCAUGUUGUCGCUAUAGCCAAUCUGAGUGAAAUCUACCAGCUCAUCCUUGACAACUGA